CACAAUACCAUUCAUUAAUUUCAUAUCCCCCACCAAAAUACAUGGCGGCUGUCACCACCCAAGCAACCGUCGCCGUUCUCCGGCCAUGCGUCUCCAAGUCAAGGUUCCUUUCUGGAUCCUCUGGCAAGUUAUUAGCUCUUAAACCUGCGACUUCAAACACCUCUAUUAGCUCGUUUAAGGUUCAAGCUAAGAAGGGCGAAUGGCUGCCCGGUUUGUCCUCACCAGCCUACCUCAACGGCAGUCUCGCAGGGGACAAUGGUUUUGAUCCGUUGGCUCUAGCAGAGGAUCCGGAGAACCUAAGAUGGUUCGUUCAGGCGGAGCUAGUGAACGGUCGAUGGGCCAUGUUAGGAGUGGCAGGGAUGCUACUUCCAGAGGUGUUUACAAGUAUAGGUAUCAUCAACGUUCCAAAAUGGUACGAUGCGGGUAAGGAAGAAUACUUUGCAUCAUCAUCAACCCUUUUCGUGAUCGAAUUCAUCCUUUUCCACUACGUGGAGAUCCGACGGUGGCAAGACAUUAAGAACCCGGGAAGUGUAAACCAAGACCCUAUAUUCAAGAACUAUAGCUUACCUCCCAAUGAAGUAGGAUACCCUGGUGGGAUCUUUAACCCUCUCAACUUCGCCCCAACUUUGGAAGCCAAAGAGAAGGAAAUUGCAAAUGGGAGAUUGGCUAUGUUGGCGUUCUUGGGAUUUGUGAUUCAGCAUAAUGUGACUGGGAAAGGACCAUUCGACAAUCUGUUGCAGCACCUUUCCGACCCAUGGCACAACACCAUUGUUCAAACUCUGUCUGGAAACAACUAAAAACAACUAGCUUUGCAUUAAGAAACUUGAGCUUUAGCUUCACUACUUACUAUGAACAAGCAAACAAAGGAUAUUAUAUUAUAUAUCAUCCUCCUAUUUGUACAUGGAUAUAAUUACUAAGAGGCUCUUUAAUUUAAUCAGCAAUUUCUUA